CGAGACAACUACACACAUAACUUCUGCUUUACGGUUUAUCUACACAACCCGGCGGGGUUGUCUGCAGUGUUAACUCGAUGCAAGGUCAAAAACUGAUGCGGGGUAACUUUGUUGCCACGUUUUUUAUUCUUCAAGUUAUUUCGUCUUUGUAAGCGCUCGUCGCGUCACGUUAAUUCAAAUCAGUCAGACGCCGUUUUUGGAGAAAACGCUUUGAAAACAGUUAGGUCGGACGCGAAAACGACAACGUUUGAAUGCAUGCCAAACGAAAAUAUGUGCGUCGGUAUCACGCCGGGAUAGUUUUAUCGUAACUUCACAAUUCCCAAGGCGGUCGUUGCUCGGUACAAAGGCAGUCUCAUCACUUUGUUGUGGUCAAGUCAAAACUGCACAAUGGCCGCACGACACGCCGAUAAAUAGGUUAGAGGGGGGAAAAAAGCGGUACCUUAAAAAAUAUUGAGCUGUUUUUAUUGGUGCAUUAGUUAGUUUUGGGAGGUUUUUAAUUGCACCUCCCACUGUAGCGCGUACAGUAGUGUUUUAAAGCAGGGCAUGGAGUUCCUCUAUUGUGUGAGCAGAAACCUGUAAACAACAGCAAGCAUGGAUUCUGUGGAUAUUGGUGCAGUUACCUCCACGGGAGGUAAUAAACGGCGUGUCAACAAGAAGAAUAGAGAUUGGCACAAACGGCUCCACCUCAGGAAGACUGUCGUUCAGCAGCCCCCAACUAUGCAAAGUGAAGAUAAGCGUGGACCAAAGAAGAUAGCAAAGGCGUCGGAGCAAAGCACAGUGUGGCCUUCAUCAAAGAAGCCCCCCCCUGAAGCACAGCAGAGCCAGCACAGGACGAAUGACAGUGGGAAUACACUCAGGUUCACAUGCUCUCAGUGUAGGGACAACUUGGAGUAUGUUCCCAAAGACUUAGUGAGACACUUUGAGGAAAAACACAGAGGGAGCUCGCCAGUCUUUUCCUGUCAUAUGUGCACAUUUAGCACACACGAGUUCUCCUACCUUCAGGUUCAUCUAUUAAGCCACAUGGACACUUUUUCAAGUUGUAGCAUUUGCAAUGAUAAUAUUCAGCGCACAUGGUCUGAAUUCAGUGCACACCUGACUAUGUAUCACUGCCACAAUGGCAAGUAUUCAUGUGAAAUGUGUAAGAAAUUCUCCACAGGUGAUGUUGGAGUAUUUCUAGAGCACAUGUAUGCACAUAAGUUGGGCCUGGAAGGAGCGAAUGAUGAUUUAUCCCUGCACACAAAGGACAAUAAUAAGUUUGGGCUUAGAGCAACCACUCAAACUUUGCGUUGUCAGCACUGUGGCUUUGAGGCAUCUCAGAAAUUGUUGAUUACCAAGCACAUUAAAUCUGUCCACGUUUGCCCGAAUGGUAAUCAGAGGAAGAAGAAGAACAAGGAGGUUCAUUCCCUAGCAAUGAAACCAAAUGACCCAAUCCCAAAAAUUAAGCCUAGAUUAACGAGAAGUGCAGUUAGGGAAAUGUGUUGGUUGACACAGGACUGCCUUUCUCUGCCAGGGAGAGAAUUCCUAGAUAAAUACUGCCAUCUGUCAGAUCCACAAACAACACUAGAGGAGACUCAACAGUUUUUAAUGAAAUCUGUUGCUGGGGAAACCGGUGACCAGAAAUGGACCAAGGCUCUAAAAACUGUUUUGUCAAAUGUCCCUCAAGAUACGAAUCUUAACCCGAAGUCGGAGAACGGCAUCAUGUCGAACUCGUCAGAUCUUACUGUCCUGACGGUCAAGAACAAGAUAACUGUCGCUCAGAACAGCGCUGCUUACGCCAAAAAGAUGAAAAUGAUGACAUCGUCCGAUAAGGAAACUGUUUCCCCUGAAAGUUCUGCUGAUGAUGCUCGUUGCGUAGUCGACCAAAACGGAUGUCAAUCAAACUUUAAUGACCACACACCUUGUCCGCAGACUGAAACCAAACUACAUAAUGAUGUCUCCAUGCCAGCCCAGAAUGAGCCAUCUGAGUGCACUCAAAUGCAGGAAAACCGAGAAAAUCAGGAAUUCAAGACUGAUCAGGAAUUAGAAGAACUUGGUAAAAAGCAUGAGGAGCUUAUGCACGUGGAUGGAAUUAAUAUUUCAAGUGAGCUGAAGUUGACGAACGAGGGGGAAGAGCAGACAUCCAUUCGUAAAGUUGUACCAAAAAACAAGAGACGAACUCGACGACGAAGAAGAGCCAGAUCUAAAAAAGCGGAUAAAAGACUGGCCCUGAAGAUAGUGUUGAAGAAGAAUCCAGUGAAGGAGAAGCAGUGGGUAUCACAAAGCUCUUUGUCUCCGUCAGUAGGUGGUCCGACAGAUGAGUAUUGUGGACUGCCAAGCCCUUGUAUAACAUUGGAGAAGAUGCCGCAGAUUCUCCAAAACGCGCUGCUAACUGAAGCACACCAGGAAAAAUGGACCAAAGCUUCCAAUACUGACCUGCACGGCCCCUCUGAAGCCAUCACUUUAAUUCGGCAAUCAAACCCAGUAGAAGAACUGACCACCAUGUGUCCUGCGAAGCCAGGGUCUGCAAAUAUACACGGAAGCACGCCUGUCGUGCUCGAAAGCUUGCUGUCAACCCAUCAAGAAACGAGAGACGAUGCAGGGAAGUCACAGCACUUCUUAGAAACAGAAGCUGACGUGGGAGGUUCAGCUAGUACGACAGGCCAGUCAAAAUCGAUGGCUGCAGCUGUGACUGAAGUACAAGUGUGCCCCAAGAACGCACAACUCCACACAUCAGGCAGUGGCAUGGACGGCCAUAUGUCAGGCCAUGAGAUAAGUCUAGGCGUUGACGGAGCAACUCCUCAUAACAGUUACACCAAGUCUCCCCCUGUUUCCCAACCUGUUAUUACACCACAGGGUAAGAUAAACUCUACAGAUUUAAGCCAUGCGGUCUUCUCAGAGCAGAGUGUCGAGGGGAUGAGAGAUGGAGAAGUGCCUGCAGACUCCAGCCCAGAUCUAACCGAACUGCCUGCAGUGAAAGCCAUCCAACAGGAUCCCUCACCAGCCUCUGCGUAUCAGUGGCAGCCAGUCCCAAAAAACCUGGAGAGGACCCUGAAGUUAGUAGCCAUAAGCCCAUCUCAGUUGGUAAAGCGUCCAGCAGGAGACCAGCCCGUUGUGGUGCUAAAUCAUCCAGACGUUGACAUCCCAGAGGUCACCAGGAUCAUGGAGGUCAUCAACAGGUACAAAGGAGAGGUGCAGAAAGUCGUACUGUCACAGAGAACUAUGAACGCUCUCUCAGCCAUGAACGGUGAGGCUCCUACAACGGAUGACCCAACAGACGCCCAGACUGAUUCCACGGGUCACGGUCAAAACUCUGUACAGGAGAGGUUCAUGCUGAAAUUUAAACUUCGCAGGUUGAGCAGGAAAAAGUAUGAAAUAGUCGACGCAGUCUCUCCCAGCCGGGAUGCUGCGACUAAGUUUCGCUGCUGGUUUUGCGGCAGGGUCUUCGCAAGUCAGGAAAUGUGGAUGGUCCAUCGGCAGCGACAUCUGAUGGAGUGGAAAAGGCCAAACUGUGAAAACUCUUAAAUGUCGCCCACACUGGAUGAAAAAUAGUCUGGAAAGAAAUGACUUUUGAGUUUGUUGAGAUACAACAAAACUAUAAAGAAAACCAUGAUAGCCAGCCUCCUCCGUUUUUUUUUUUUUUUUUUAAGUCUUAAUUAUGAUUGGUUGAUUUUUGAGGAGAAUCACGUGAUUAUCAUGCUUCCUGGAGGGUUCAAAUUCUCAGGGUAAUUUCAGCAUUUACCUGUCGUCUCUUCCAGUUUGAAUAGCAUGACACAAACUCUUUGUAGAGUACUCGUAAAGCCACAUGGACGUGGCGGUGACCGUUCAGUUCUUUGUAUUGUUUGUGUUUUGUCUACGCAAUAUAGCUUUAUUUAAGGUGAUUCAAGUACACUGUCGUAUGGAAUCUUUUAUAGAACACUGUACUGUGUAUAUUUGCCAUACCAUCUGAAUUUUAUGAAUCAGUGUAUGUACGGGUAGGCUAUACACCGUGGUAGCUAUCAUAUUUAUGUUUCUGGAAUGGGACGCAGAGCCCCACAAGUUACUCAGAUAUACUUAAACUGUGUGUUGAAACAAAAAAAAAAGACAAUAAGCUGUUUUAUUCAACAUUUAUUUAUGACUCUUAGGUUUAGUCUUUUUAUGUUUUUCUUUGCUUUUUUCAGGCCGUUGAAAGAAUCAGUAUAUUUGUACAAACUCCAAAAUUCUGUUAAAAAAUAGUAUUAUCUGAGAGAGGUGUGUUUUCACGCAUUCGUUCAACCCUAAAGACACGAUUAAUUUAAAGAAGUAAACCUGUGUUUGGGACACCGGUGAAAUGCUCGCAUACUUUCUUUUUUAAAUCUGGAUUCAAAAGGCCUGCAUCAUCAUAUUCUUUUUUCUUUUCUUUGACUUGAAACGAUAAUCUUAUCUUUUAAUUGCACUAUGAAAAGAGGAUUUAUAUUUCCCGUUACCUCACCUUAUCAGGCCGAAGCCUUUGACAAUCUCAACCAGUGUCCUACUGUGGCGAAACAUUUCCUUAUGCAGCCGUGAUCCCUCAGUAUUCUCAGCAAGAGAUCACCGGCUUGAGUGUAUGUGCGUGUUUGUUUGUGUUAGUCAAGGACCAUUGGACAGAUCCACCUGUCUUGUAUACUGAUAUUGUGCAUGUAUACCUGUAUACCUUCUGGAGUGCACACUCACUAUGUACAUAUAUAUAUACUUUUUUUCAAUUUAGAUAAGAGAUUUAUAAUGUAAAUAGCCCUGAUAGAGGUACUGUAAAAUAUUACCUGAGAAUUUUCACCAAGUGCCUAGGAUUUUUUUGUUAUGCAACGAAUGUGCAUGAAUAUGAUAGCAUUACUUGUUGACCACAAAAUAAAUGAACCAGUGUGUCAGUUCCUGGUGGCAUUUGUGUGAUGACUGAAGAUGUGAGCUGAAUUAUGCAACAAAAGAAUUUUAUUAAAAGAAAAAAUACAACCUUGUAUUUUUUGGCUCCUCAAAGUAUUGCUGUCAUAAACAAAUUAUUUGUCUAUACGCUUCCUUUAGCUUCAGCAACACUGUCUCGUCCCUCGCAUUCAUUUUAAUACACUGUUUACUGACUGAGCAUUAAAAAAAAA